AUGUCGGAUUUUCUGGCUACGCCGCCUGGACUCGGUCCCGUCAAGGCAGGGCUUGAUAUGAACCAGCCUGGACCUGCAAGUACGCUUCCCGUCGUUGAGACUUACUGGGGCGACAAUCUCGUUGAGUGUGUCAAGAACGGGACACUCUCUGAGUCGGAUCUCGAUGGAAUGGUGUGCCGCAUCUUGACGCCUUACUUCUAUCUUGGCCAGAAUAAAGACAACCCGUCUGUGGACCCAUCGUCUCAGCCUCUCUUCUACAACGGCUUCGGGUAUACUUAUCCGGGCCCUUGUCCAGUUGGCCGCGAUGUCCGCGGCAACCAUUCAGGGCUCAUCCGUGAUAUCGCCGCUGCCGGAACAGUCUUGCUCGAGAAUCAAGGCUCCAUCAUUCCUCUUAACAAGUCCCUCACCAACAUCGGUCUCUUUGGAAACGAUGCUGCUGAUCCCUCCAUUGGGACCCUCUUCAGCAACCACGAUGGUAUCGACAGUGGUACUCUUAUCUCCGGUGGCGGUUCAGGAAGCGGCCGACCGAGCUACGUUAUCAGUCCCUUGGACGCCUUCAAGUCUUACGUGAAAGACAACGGCAAGCGGCUCCAGUACGUCACCAACAAUACUGCCAUUCUCAGCAUUAUGCCUGGUCUGUACCCCUGGCCAGAUGUCUGCAUAGUUUUCCUCAAGUCCUUCGCCACCGAGGGUUUUGAUCGCAAGACUCUUGUGGUAGAUGACAACUCAAUCCAAGUCGUCAAUAGUAUUUCAUCACGCUGCCCUCGCGGCACCGUGGUAGUCACUCACUGUGGAGGGCCGGAGGUGAUGCCGUGGACGAUGAACCCUAAUGAAUUAGGGAAAUUCCAUCUUGGACGUCUUGACCGGAAACGUCAAUCCCUCUGGCAAGCUCCCAUUAACCAUUGCCAAGAAAGAGGAGGACUACACGGAAAGAUCACCAACAUCACUGGCUCCGCAGCUGAAGACUCUUCGAAUUGGCGAAGUGACUUUAGUCAGGGCCCAUUCAAUGACUAUAGACACUUCGACAACAAAGGCCUGGAGGCUCUCUAUGAGUUUGGCUACGGUCUCAGCUACACCACUUUUGGACUAUCCUCCAACCUCGUCGUCUCCUCAGCGAACAAGAUCUCCGCCCGCGCAUCACUCUCCAAAGCUACACUCGAACUCGGUAGCCCUCAUCUCUGGGAAACAGUCGCCAAGUGCCACGCCGAGGUAUCCAACACUUGCCGGGUUGCAGGCGCCACAGUCAUUCAGCUAUAUGCAUCUUUGCCCAAGAACAAUAUACCAGCCAAUAGCCCAGUACGGAUACUACUUGGGUUCAAGAAAGUGUCAUUCGCCCAAGGCGUUGGGAUCUGA